UGAAAAUUCCCAUUUUUUUCCUCGCUCUAACAGCGACGAUCGAUUUCAUUCAAUUUCUUUGCCGUUGAAUCUUCAAUUUUUAUUCUCGAUUCAAUCAGUGUGUUAGGCUGCUUCAUUUCGAACUCAGGCGAGGAUGAAGAAGGCUAUCGGUCAAACUGUUAGAGAACUCAAGAGAGAGGUUAAUAAGAAGGUUCUUAAAGUUCCUGGAAUAGAGCAGAAGGUUCUUGAUGCCACCAGUAAUGAGCCCUGGGGUCCUCAUGGAUCACUUCUUGCAGAUAUUGCAAUGGCUACAAGAAACUAUCAUGAGUAUCAGAUGAUCAUGACAGUAAUCUGGAAACGUCUAAGUGACACUGGAAAGAAUUGGCGUCAUGUUUACAAGGCUCUGACAGUUCUAGAAUACCUUGUUGCUAAUGGAUCAGAGCGAGUCAUAGAUGACAUAAGAGAACAUUCGUAUCAAGUAUCGACCUUGUCCAAUUUUCAGUAUAUUGAUUCCAGUGGAAGGGACCAAGGUAACAAUGUCAGAAAAAAAUCUCAGAGCCUUGUGGCCCUAGUAAAUGAUAAAGAAAGAAUAAUUGAAGUAAGACAAAAGGCUGCAGCUAACAUGGACAAGUUUCGGAAUACAUCAACUGGUGGAAUGUAUAGACCAGGUUCAGGGGGAUAUGGUGACAGAUAUGAUUAUGGAAACAGAGAUUAUGAUGAUCAGAAUGGUUAUGGAAGAGACCGGGAGUAUGGCUACAGAGAUGAUGAUCGGUAUGGCAGAUAUGGGGAUUCAAACAGUCGCGAUGGAGAUCGUUAUGGUAGAGAUUAUGAAGACCGCAACAGCAGAGAUGGUUACAGGGAUGAUGACUACCGUGGUAGAAGUAGAAGUGUUGAUGAUUAUCAAUAUGGCACAAGAUCUAGAAGCUCUGAUAGAGACCAUGCUUUUGAUGAGGAUGGUGCUUCUUCUCGGGGCAGCGGUGCUAGAGCUGAUGAUCACUCUCAGGAUGGAAGGCAGAAUGAGCAGAAGCAUUCUGAACAAAAUGUUGGUGCUCCUGGUUAUGAAGAAGCAGCAAGUGAGACUCAGAGUCCUGUCCAUAGUGAAAGGGUUGGCCAAGCUUCUGUAGCAGCUGCUCUCGGGGCUUCUCCUCCUCCUCCUAAUUAUAAUCCUAACCAAGCAGCCCCUGAUCUUAGUAAUUCAGCUUCUCUUCCAAAUCAACAAGUGGAGGCAUUUGAUGAAUUUGAUCCCCGCGGUCCAGUUUCAGCUGCUCCAACUACUGCUGCAGCUGUCCCUGCUCCUGAUGUUCCCACUGCUUCAACCAAUGUUGAAAUGGAUUUGCUGGACGCUCUGUCUGAUUCAUUUGCUAUCGUGCCAGUUACACCUGAAAACCUUGCUACCGAGUCUGAUGCCCAUGCAAACUCCGAUGCUUUGCCCACCUUUGCUGCUAAUCAGUCGGCAUCUAAUUUUGGAAAUCAGGGUUUUGAUGAUCCAUUCGGUGAUAAUCCUUUUAAAGCUGUCCCUUCAACUGAUGCUGCCCCAGCUGCGCAACAAAUUUCUACUUCCAUGCCUACUUUCCAAUCUGCAACAAACCAAAAUGCAGUAGCUCCUCAGCUACCUUCUGCAAAUUCUGAGACAGUUACCAACUUCAACUUUGGGGAUUCAUUCUCUGCCAAUGCUUACUCUGCACCUGGUGUCUCCACCGUACAACCUCCAUCAACAAAUCCUCAGUUUCUGCCUCAGGAAUUGUCAACUCCAAAUCAGGAAAAUAAUUCACUGGCGGAUAUUUUUCCACCUUCUGGACCUGCACAGCCGAGUGCUAGCACAUAUGGCCAAUCUGUGCAGCCAAGUGUUUAUCCUUAUAGCCAACCGCCACAACCCGGUGCUAAUCCCUAUGGCCAACCCUCACAGCCAAAUGCUAAUCCAUAUGGUCAACCUGCACAGCCAAAUGCUAAUCCAUAUGGUCAACCUGCACAGCCAAACGCUAAUCCAUAUGCCCAAACCAUGCAACCAAAUUCGAAUAAUUCAUAUGGUAAUUUUAACCCACAGACCGUGUCUAUGGCCCCUCAGAUACUUGAAUCUGCUGCCCAAAGCAGCAAUGGGAGCUUCAACUCUCGGAUAGGUUCUAAUGCUCCUGUCAGUUCACACAAGUCUGCUCAACCUCAAAAUAACAAUGAUCUCCUGGGUGGCUUAAUUUCACAACCAGGCUCAAAGCCUUCAAUGGCACCACAGACAGUUACUCCGUCGGCAGGAGCACUUGCUAUAGUUCCAGUUUCAGAACCAUCGAAGGAUAAAUUUGAGAUGAAGUCGGCAGUUUGGGCUGAUACAUUGAGCAGAGGACUAGUCAAUCUGAAUAUAUCUGGACCUAAAACAAAUCCGUUGGCUGAUAUUGGAGUGGACUUUGAUGCUCUUAAUCGGAAAGAAAAGAGGAUGGAAAAACCCGCCCCAAAUGCGGUAACAUCUACAGUCACCAUGGGUAAGGCUAUGGGAUCAGGUUCUGGAAUUGGUCGUUCUGGUGCUAGCAGUCUUAGAACUCCAGCAAAUCCUAUGGCGGGUUCAGGUAUGAGUAGGAUGGGUAUGGGAAUGGGUUUUGGACCAGCUGGAGGCAUGGGCAUGGGGGGAGGUUAUGGUGGUAUGAAUCAACAAUCUAUGGGCAUGGGAAUGGGGAUGAACAACAUGGGCAUGAAUCCUGGAAUGGGGAUGAACAACGUGGGCAUGAAUCCGGGAAUGAGGAUGAAUAUGGGAAUGGGGCAAAGACCCUACAUGCAACCACAAGCUGGAAUGCCUGGGGGUUAUAACCCUAUGAUGGGUUCCGGUGGCUAUUCUCAACAGCCAUACGGUGGCGGAUACCAAUAAGAACGAGUUACCAUUCCCGACGUGUAAAAGGAAGUUACAUACGAAGCUUGUGAUAUAACAGAGUUAAAAGAGAUUGAAAUAUAGCUAAACCUUAGAUGUCUCCAUUCGAAUCCCCCGAGUAGAAGCUGUAGUUUUGUAGUCCCGCAAAAUUGUCUUGGCAGUGGCCUGAUGGGAUCCAAUGAUGCUUGUAUUAUUUUUCUCAUUCUUGCUUAAGCUAUUGCACUCUUUGGACCAUUCUGAGUCCUAUUGGUCCAAUGCCUGGUUUGAGCUGUUGUGAAAUUGUGUAUUUCUCACGUUUGCUUUAUUAUUAUUAUUAUUAUUAUUAUUA